AUGAAUUACCUACAACUAACCCAGACUCUAACUGAGUCCUUCAUUGCCCUGGCAGAUGAAGUCCAAUCACUGAUCGACCGCAAGACCAUCCUUGAGCACAAGCUUCGCUUUGCGCACGAGCAGUACCAGUGUCUAGCCGAUAAAUAUGCGCCUGCCGUCCCCGAGGUAGCCGAAACGCUCGCAAAGCUCCAGCUUCCCCCGGACGUGCACUAUUAUUCUGUCCCGACCAACUCAUCCGUCGUGCCUUUGCCUCAGCGCAUCCAGCCUGGGAACUCUCAGCACGAGAUCGCCUUGCAAAUCAGAGAGGGGAGAAAGGCGGCUCAGCUCAUUGCCGCUGCCAUGGGAAGGGCCAGCAAACACAGUGACUCUAGCAAGGAGGAGGCUUCCACCUCUCCCGUUACCGCCGCCGACACCAUGACUACCAUGUCGACCGUGCUCGAAAAGGACUUUACUGUUGAGGGGAAGAAGAAGGGCCUCCUUGCGUGUCCUUUUUCUGUUGCUGCUGCUGCUGCUGCCGCUGCCACGCCUCCCGCUGUCCAAGACCAAGCAUCGCCCAACCUUGGUAUUGGCAGUGGUGUGACUGGCGAUGGCGCCCAAGACCAAGAUGCUGCUGCUGUUGCUGCUGCUGCUUUAAAUGAAGGCGCCGGGGCCGCUGCCAUGGACCCCACUCCACACAAAUCCUCUGACCCCAUCUGCGCUGCCAUGUACGAGGACUCGACGUCGAUGCCCGCCCACACUGCUGCCUCCAAGUGUCCAAUCCGAUUUCUUGACCAGCACUCGCCUGAAGAGAUUGCUCGCUACGUGGAGACGCACAAGCACGAGAUUCCGCGCAGCCAUGAGGUUUGCGUCAGGCGCUAUCAGAAAAAUGAAGAGCAAGUAAGGAAGCUCGAUGCCAAGUACGGGAAUCUGGUCAACAUGAUCGAGGACCUGAGCCAUCUGCACAAGCCCAUGCUGCCUUCACCACUACUAGCGACGGGAGGAGAUCAAUAUCAAGACCCCGAGCAAGUCGAUAGAAGCUCCAAUGAUCGAGUAGCGAACUGGGCCAAGUCUGUUUCCGCCAGUGACCCGCAAGCGCCACCGGAAACUCAGGACGACGACCAGAAUCUGCCGCCCGUAGAAGAUGAGGAAGAACGUGAAGGUCGGUUUGAUCGUCCUUUGAGAGAGGUGCGUUUGGGAGAGUCGCCCAGUCGGCCAUGGGGCAUUCCCGUACCAGCCAUGGAGGACCAACCCCGGAGGCAAAGGAGUCGGAGCCCAAGUCCGGUUCGGCCUGUGGUUUCUUCGAGUCCGCCGGCUCAAGAUGAGAUUCCUUCUCACAAGAAGGGUCCAGGGCUGGGAAGUGUCCCUUCGAUCAUACCAAGAUGGCUGCAUUCGCUUCAUCUAACACAAAGGUUGAACCACCCAAGCAGGAAGAGGUGUCGAGAGAUAUGGAGGAAAAGAAGGGUCCCGGGGCUGGGAAAUGUCCCUUUGAUCCCACCAAGAUGGCUGCAUUUGCUUCAUCCAGCACAAAGAUUGAGCACCACUCGCCCAAGCAGGAAGCAGCACCAGGAGAGACUAUACACAACGAGACGGCGUAUCACAAGGUCGAACCUACCAAGCCGGUCGAGGAGCAUCAUCAUCAUAUACCACAACCUAUGCCCACACCACAACCAACAUUCAUCAACAUGGCAGAUUUCCCGAUUCCGAAGGCUGAGACAGCAACAGGUCAGGAACAACAGGCCCCCAUGGUUUUCAACUUCAAUGGUCCGGUCUUCAUCGGAUAUCCUAUGGAACAAGCUAUUCAGUUUAUGCAGCAAUUUCAACAGGGCGGCGGCAGCAAGUAAACAGAGCAGGGCAGGAACGUCGGGUCCGGAGGGGGAGAGAGCAUCCAGUCUCUUUUCUUGUAUUUGUUCGUUGUGUCAUGUCAUAUAA